ACUGUAGGAACACUGUAGAUGACAUGGCCAGCAACAGGAAACAGUGGUUUCUCCUGGCAGCAGGUUCUAAAGACUGGGUAAACUACAGACACCAGGCUGAUGUGUGUCACGCUUACCAAGUCCUACACCAGAACGGCAUUCCGGAUGAACAGAUUGUGGUGAUGAUGUAUGAUGACAUCGCUUAUAACCAUGAGAAUCCGUUCCCUGGCAACAUCAUCAAUGUACCAAAAGGUCCAGAUGUUUACAGUGGUGUUCCAAAAGACUACACUGGAGAGCAUGUAUCUGCUGCAAACUUCUUGGCUGUUCUACGUGGAGAAUCACAAGCUAUAAAGAAAAGUGGAGGGAAAAAAGUCCUCAGAAGUCGUGCAAAUGAUUCUAUCUUCAUCUACUUAUCAGACCAUGGAGGCCACGGAGUCUUUCAUUUUCCCGAUUCUACACUUUAUGCUCAUGAAUUCAUCGACACAGUGAAAGAGAUGUCCAGGAAAGCUGAAUUUUCAGAGAUGGUGAUUUACAGGGAAGCGUGUCAUGCAGGAUCAAUGCUGGUCGAGCUGCCGACAUUACACAACGUGUAUGCCGUUGCAGCAUGUACACCAGAUGAGAGCUCGUAUGCCUGCUUCCAUGACAAAAGGAGGAACGCGUUUCUUGCUGAUGUUUUCACUGCAUACUGGCUACAUCACACCAAGAGUGUUAGUGUUUUAUAG